CAUAGUUGUUAAUGGAGAGUAUUUAAAUGGUGCGCGAUGCCACUUGAUUAGGGAGUUAUUUUAUCUCACUCACCAUUUACUACUUAAUCUCUAGUUAAUUUCAACAAUGAAGUUUCCAUAUAUUUCCAUCUUUAUCUCACUCAUGAGUCUUGCACUUGUAUCAACCCAUGCUGCAUUACCCUCUGAAUUGUAUUGGAAGUCCAAACUUCCCACAACUCAAAUGCCAAAAGCCAUCACAGAUCUCUUGAACUCAACUGGUAAAGGAAAAGUAAAUGGGACAAGCAACUCAGGUUAUCCUUUUUUUUACUAUGGUUAUGCUGCAAAUAAAUCACAAUUACAUGAUAAUCCAAACGUGGGAUUGUUCUUCUUGAAAAAGGACUUGCACCAUGGUACAAAAUUCAACAUGCAAUUCACAAAGACCUCAAAAUAUGGAGCAUCAUUUUUGUCUAAACAAGUUGCUACUUCCAUACCGUUUUCAUCAAACAAACUGAAAAACAUCCUUAACCACUUUUCCAUCAAGAACGGAUCAUACGAGUCUGAGUUCGUGAAAAGCACUAUUACUGUCUGUGAAAUGCCCGCCAUCAAAGGCGAGGAAAAGCUUUGUGUAACAUCAUUAGAAUCUAUGGUUGAUUUCGCUGCUUCGAAACUCGGAAACAACGUUGAAGCUGUUUCAACACAAGUGAAAAAUGAAAGUAGUGUGUUACAAGAGUAUGUGAUAGCUAAAGGAGUGAAGAGAUUGGGAGAGAAGAACAAAACUGUUGUGUGCCAUAAGGUGAAUUAUCCAUAUGCAGUUUUUUACUGUCAUAAAACAGAUAAAACAAAAGUUUAUUCUGUGAUUUUGGAAGGUGUUGAUGGAAAUAGAGUUAAAGCUGUUGCUGUUUGUCACACUGAGACAACACAAUGGAGUCAUAACCAUUUGGCUUUUCAAGUGCUUAAUGUUCAACCUGGAACUGAACCAGUUUGCCACUUUUUCACACAGGAACAUGUUGUUUGGAUUUCCAAGUAAAAACACCAAUUCCAUCCAUGAAUACAAUACUUGCAUUAUAAAUUAAGUUACUUUAUAUACUUCUUGUACAAGUGGUAAAAAAUUUAUAUUGUGAAAUGAUCAUUAGUAUUACUUUAAAUAAAAAUUUGAUGUCUUGUUAAUAUAAAA